AUAAACUUGCGGUUGGUCUAUAAACAGUGCUGUGUAGGCUACAUCGCACAGUGAGCCCACGCUUACAUGUGAUCGUUAUUUACUGCGUAACACUGAAAUUCCAAUUGGUCACUUCCUCUUGCUUCCUGUCUGGUUCCUUGGGGGAUUUUAAACUCCUUGCAACACAAGGGGGCUCAUCGCUUGAAGCUGCAAAACGAAAGUAUGUUGCAGACCAAGACAAGGCAGCUGAAAGCAAGGCAAAGUGUCGUGGCUUAUGGAGCUAAACUCUGAUGUUUAACAAAGCACCGUAAUGAGUGGGAAAGUCUGGAUAUUGAUCACUGCAGUUUCUUUCAUCACCCAUGUUUACCAUGUCCAGUCCAAGUGUAUGGAGCAAGACAUUAAGGCACAUCUGGAUGAGCUGUUGUUGGAAGGUCACAUGUUUCAGAUUAAGGUGUUCUCACCUGAAACGGAGGAACAUGCGCUUCUGUCAGUAAUAAAUACCCUCUGUACAAACUGGAAAAAUAAUAAGGAGAAGGAUAAAUUAACAGUUGUAAAAACCUUUUACAUAAUGCUGUAUAAACUAGAGGAAAAUUUUGAGGAAAAAAACUUUUGUGCAAAUCUCAAUUGCAUGGAUGCUUACACAGUACGUGGCAUUGACACAGCCACUUUUGGAGAAAUGUAUAGAAAAUCUUGCAAUGGAUCUGUAUCAGACCUGAAGUGUCCAUCAAAGAGCACACCUUUAACAACGAUCAGCCCAACUCCUGAAUUCAGCAUAACAUCUUUAACAACAUUGGUCAGCCCAAACAUCACUGCUCCUGAAAAUUUGACAGCAGAUCCAUCGGCGCGUACAGAAACCUUCAUUAAAGAUGAAAAUCAGUGGGCUACCAUUAAAACAUGUUUUGGACUCCUGGUUGUGUCAUUUCUGCUGAAUAUUGUUUUACUCUUCACGGUGUUUCACAUGCACAGGAAGUCAGAAACAUCCAGUGAGAUGACACACUCAGAGUUGUAAGGUAAACAUCUGAUUUAGUAAAUUAAAAAUUUUAGCACUUCGUCAGUCACCUGUUGAUGUGUUUCUCCAGCUACAAAGUGAUUCUCCAGUCAUCUGUUACGGUAUCCACACUCUCUAUGCCAUGCAUGGCACAGUACUGUUUUUAAAUCUGUGACUGGCAAUGUGACUGACAUGUUCACACAGCUUGUGUAUUUUUCAGUCUUGAAUGUGCCUCUGUAACUGUUAUCCGUCAUCUAUCAGGUACUCCUCUUCAUGGUUUUCUGACCCAGAAUGAUAUGGAAUAAAAUGGUUUGUCUGUCCAGCCCACAGGUUGUGGGGUAUGUUUUAAGAAAUACGUUAAAUAUACCAUAAUUUGCGACACAAGAAACCCCCUCUUUUUCACACUUUAUUUUAUUUAUUUUGGUAUUUAUUAUCAUUGUUUUGAUUUGAUCUGCUUAUCCAUCCCCAGUUCUCUUUGUUCUGUCUAUUAUAUAUAUUUUUGUUUACACAAAAAAAUUAUAACUAGUACGGAAAUUAUUGGGAAAAAAUCUAUCCCUUUUAGCAUUCAGGUCUUGAAUGGUUGUGCCAGACAGGAACGAAAAGUAUUUACAGCCAAGAUACUGCAGCAUAAAAGUAAUAUAUCCUGUUGUUUUCAGGAGUUUGUAUAUUAUUGUAUUAUUUUAUACAAUAUCUUUCUAUGUUUUUAUUUUGGUGUGUUUGCGUGUAAGAGACUCUUUUCUGGGUAUCUCAGAAAUCAGAAUGUAAAUUUUAUGUUACUGAUCUUUGUGCUUUUGUGUAAACUUGACAAUUGUCUACUGCAAAACACACCCAGUAAAACAGGAAAUAUGAUCAUGUGUAUCUUAGACCUCAUUAAAUGUCACUAAAAAAUGUUCUCAUUAAAAAAACAAACAAACAAAAAAUAAAAUAAAAUAAAAAAUAAAACAGAUGGACAG